AUGGUUCGAUUGCGUAAAAGAUUUUGCUUGUUUCUGUUUCUUUUUGCACUCCUGGUGUUUGGAACACUGAUGGGAUUAAAGACUUAUAAAUCCUCUGAUGGCUUCUUAGCACCAGGACUUGAGAUGUUGCCAGUCAUGGGAGAAAAGUUUGACAGACGCUCAGUAUCCAGUGAUGACCAGUCAUCACCCGCACAGGCCGAAGAUGAUCCAAAACAAGCGGUCACAAUCCCCAGUCUGGAGAAAGGUGUGUCCUAUGAUGUUCACAUAUUUUACUGCACAUGGUACGGGAACCCACAGAUGGACGAAAGGUAUUUGCAUUGGGACCACAUCCUGGUGCCACACUGGGACCCUAAAAUCUCCUCCAGCUAUCCGAGAGGGAGGCAUAUGCCCCCGGACGACAUCGGCUCAAGUUUCUACCCUGAACUGGGUCCGUACAGCUCAAGGGAUCCAGAAGUGAUUGAAUCUCAUAUGGAGCAAAUUGACACAUCAUUGGCAGGUGUGCUGGUGCUGUCCUGGUAUCCUGUGGGUUUGGCUGAUAACUAUGGGGAGCCCUCGGAGGAUCUUGUACCAUCUAUUCUAGAUUCAGCGCUCAGACACAAUUUAAAGGUGGCGUUUCAUAUCCAGGCUUAUGAGGGAAGGACUCAGCAUAGUGUACAUGACAACAUCAAAUAUAUCAUUGACAGGUAUGGAGAUCAUGGGGCAUUUUACCGCUUCACAACCAUGAAUGGCAAAACGCUGCCUCUUUUUUACAUCUAUGACACUUAUAUGACUGCACCUGAGGCAUGGGCAGAGCUGCUAUCCUCCACAGGCACACGGAGUCUGCGUGGAACCCAAUAUGAUGGUAUUUUCAUUGCACUAAUUGUGGAAGACAGACACAAGCAAGAUAUCUUAGCCGGAGGAUUUGAUGGGAUGUACACAUAUUUUGCUUCUAAUGGUUUCUCCUAUGGCUCCUCACAUCAAAACUGGAAAGAACUCAGAGCCUUCUGUGAUGCCAACAAACUGCUUUUUGUUCCGAGUGUAGGGCCCGGAUAUAUCGAUACCAGUAUACGACCCUGGAACAACCACAAUACACGCAAGAGAGUGAAUGGCCGGUACUACGAAACCAGUCUGCAGGCAGCGAUAAAUGUGAAGCCUGAGAUUGUCACCAUCAAUUCUUUCAACGAAUGGCAUGAAGGCACACAGAUUGAGAGGGCAGUACCAAAAAAGACCAGGAGGCAGGUGUACCUGGAUUACCAGCCACAUGAGCCAGAUCUGUAUUUAGAACUUACCAGAACUUGGGUGGAACAGUAUUCUAAAGAAAAAACUCAGUGGCGUACAUGAUGUGUGGAAUUGUCUGAGACAUGGAGGGUGUUUGCUAUAGUUGUUAAACGUGUUAGAUUAUAA